AUAAAAGCCUGUCGUUCGCCUCCCGUCUGCGAGAGUUAUUGAUGGUGCAUCACCACCCCUGGCUAUAACAACCUGAAGAUUGACUAUUUAUUGGACAAGUUCCAGGGGUGUAACCACCAAACUGAACGAGUUCAAACUCGCAGCCUGGAGUCCUUGGUCUGUCUAACCACCAGGCUAGGUCAUCGAUUCCGACAGCGUCUGAGAGAAAAGACCAGUCGCCCCGCUCCUCGGGUUAGCCCACGUCCCACCUUACCAUCUUCAACCAGCCCUAACCUCUCUCUCCCUUCCGUUCCUCGCAGAACUCCCGCUCCUACUGUUCUGGUGAGUCAGGCGGCACUCCCGUCAGGUCCCCAAACCCGAUGCAGAUCCCGGCUAUCGAAAAUCAUUAACAUCAGUCCAUGACCAUAUCCGCCUUGGUGGAUUCCGGUGCCAAGGGAAGUCUGCUGGACGAAGACAUCGCCUCCCGGGACGGAAUACCUCGGGAGUCGUUAAAUACCCCUCUGGACUCCCGGGCACUGGACGGAAAACUGCUGGCUCGAGUGACCCACUGUAAGCUGCACUUGACCUUGAUUCUAACCGGAAACCAUCGGGAGAAGAACCAUGUUUCGAAAGACAACCAAGAAAAUUGUGGAGGAGAUGGACCCUGAAGGCACAUUGAUCCCUAUAGAAAGCGCAUAUAAUUCUGAUCGCUACAAGCCUCUUCGUCUCCUCAUCAAGAUGAAGAAAUCCUUCUUUUCCAGUAGAAAUAAAUAUCGUGCAACACCAUUCACACUGAGAGAUAUAUUGAAAGAUGGCCAAGAUUUAAAAUUUGGAUUGACUGGCUCAAGCCUUCCCAGUUACUCUGAGGAUUUCAGCGGCUCAGUCAGCGGGAAUGCUGAUGUGAAUGUCAGUAAUAUUGAGUCAGGAAUACAAGUGUCAGGAAGUACUUCGAAUUCUGUAUCUGUCGUGGAAAUGAGAAAACAAAUAAUAGAUGUAAAUAAAUUACUGGGUGUUAUUGGAAGCAGGAAGGUGAACAGAGAACACAGCUUUAUGAAGCAGCUUAUGGCGGAUGUUGUUUAUGUAGUGUCAGAAGUGAUAGAGACAGAAAAGUCAUGUACUGUAGAUUGGACAUCUGAGGCAGAAUCAAAACUAGGUAUACGGUUUAAUAUUCUGAGUGUUAAAAGUGGAUUCGGUAUAAACUUGGAGAAGAAGUUAACUUUUUCAGCCGGAACAACAAUUGCGUACAACGUCUCUGAACUGAGGAUUUCUUCAGAAGACACCAUGGAAUUAAAUUGGUGUUGGUUACAGAAGUGUCUGACAGCUGAAACAGACAAGAAAGGCACGAUUGCUUCUUCGGUCGAUGGGCUGACAAAGCUGUCUGCAGAGCAGAGACUGCUGUUCCUCAAGGUGGUCCUCGAAACUCUCAGCAGCAGUGAAAAUCUCCCAGUUCUUGAUGCAAUGCUGGAGCAGAUGCAUGAAGGUCUGCAACCUGAUCUUCAAGUGCUGGAUCAGAUGGAGGAAAGGAGCAGAGCCAGUGUGGAGAAGAUGCUGGAUCUGUUGGGAAUUAAGAAGGCUGAUCCACCUGGACAGCCCCUCACCUUAACUCAGGAUCAGAACAGCAUCAUCCAGGCAGUAAACUUUCUCAUCCAAUCACUCAGUGAAAUGGAUCCUGAAACUUUAAUCCUGUUGGCGCACUGUGUUGAGGCAAAGAUUAUAUCGAAACAACGAGAUCUGGUGACAAUAAUUGAUGAAAAGUGGUGCCUGGAGCAAAGAUGUCUGCUGGCAGAAGGUGCGGAGGAUCCGGAGAAGACUCUGAUAGCUCAGCUGACAGAUGAGGAAAUGGAGAUAACCCAGAGGAUUUUGGAUGGUUAUGGAUUUCAGAUGGAUAGGAAAAGCUCUUCAGUUUCACGCAUUGAUGGCCGUAGACAGCAAAGCGUACUUCCUCUCUUUGCUGCUCUGUCUGCUCUCUGUAUUUUAUCUGCCUAAACAAUUCAGAUAUGAUCUACACCUAUUUGCAUGGUCCUUUCCCGACAUUUUCCCUCUUCCUUUCAUUUUUCUGUGACCUUGUAAUGAGAGGGUUAAAAACAGAUCUUUUUUACUUGGAAUAGAGCUUUCUGUUCAUGGAACUUAUAAUGAGCAAGCCUAUUAGAAAGAAAAUUAAAACAUAAGGUCUUGAUUCAUGAGGUCAAUGAGGUCUUGAAGUAUAUGGAGCAAGCUCUUAAGGAACUUGUUUUCUUUCUUGGUUUGCAUAGUUUUGACUGACAAGAUUUUCAGAAACAAGUCAGACUUAUUCAAUGGAAAUGUAAAAUCCUCCUCAUCUAUCAUUAAGAAAUUGUUUUAGAAUAGUAGAUGACUGUAUAUGGAGAUUAAAAAACAAACAGUAAUAUACAGUAAAUAUGAGCAAUGAUCUAGCUGAUUGGACUUCUGUUCUCGGACUGGAAUUGCAAUGAGUGCAAAGGAUAUUUAAAUUGGAGUCCUUGAAAAGCAGAAGGUUUUGAGAUUUGCUAUCAUAUCAAUUAUCCUGUACUCUGUUUUAGACUUGUUAUUUUGUUAAUCCUUUGCAUCACUUGGUAGAAAGGUAUGGAACUUGUUCUUUUAUCAAUUGUUUUACACCUUGUUUUAAACCGAGCGUUUUAUCUGUCUCUGUGUUUCUAUUUUUUUGUUUCACUUACUAUACUCUAAUACCUGUAGCAACUUUGGAGUGUUUCUUCUCACUUAUUGAUUCAAAUGGUCAAAACCUGCUUGGCAUUCCUUUACAGACCUCAAUAGGAACUUUCUCCUGAGGUCUCUCUUUGUGUAUUUGAAGAAUAAAGCUUUCUCCUCCUAGGAUCAUCUUCAUGGCAGAGACGCUUGUGAGUUCCUGCCAUCCCUACAGCAAUGUCAUCUGGUGUUUAGCGCCUGGUAAGUUCAGUUGUGGCAAUAAGAUCAAGAGGGAGGUUCCAGAUAAAUAGCAAUCGAACCAAGACCUCAGCAGUGGAGCUGGCAGAAGAUGAUUACACAUCACAAUGGCAGUGCAGGGUCCCCACUUGUCUUGAAUUCCAUGCCACUGGACGCUGACCCUGAUCUGUCAAGGACCAUGUGGUAGCUUCCUGUGCAUCAACCUCUCCACGUUAUACAAAGUCACACACAGGCGUCCUCCUUUGAAGGAAUCCAUUCAAGCAUCCCAGAACUCUCAGGCCUGCACAGGCAGGCACCUUCCAGUCUCCAAUAGGAGUCGCCUACCAUUCGUUUGCAACUCAUCACCUGCAGCCUAUUUAAACCCAACUCUCAUCCACAGCCUUUUGUUCACCCAUUGAACAAGCCAUCCUCAACCAGUUGCUCCUAGCCUUUGGUUACCUUGUUGUUUGUCAUGUUAAUUAUCUGUUCUCUCUAGUUUUGUAGCCCCUUGUGGGUUGUUAUUUUGCAGUUUAUUAGUAAAAUAUCAUUUACUGCUGAA